CGAAUUAUUAACACAAAAAUGGUUUUAAAAUUAAAAACGAAUUCAAUUAAAGAUGAUUAUGUAAUUAAUCCAACGGUUCUAGGCGUUGGAAUUAACGGAAAAGUAGUCGAAUGUGAAAACAAAGCGGGCAAAAGAUUUGCUUUAAAAAUCCUUCGAGAUUUGCCAAAAGCGAAGAACGAAGCUGAAUAUCACUUUCAAUCUUGUUCUCAUCCAAAUAUUGUUAAAAUAUAUGAUGUUUAUGAAAAUUGUUAUAAUGGAGUUAAGUGUCUUUUGCUUGUUAUGGAAAGAAUGGACGGAGGGGAAUUGUUUACUAGAAUUCAGGAGAGGGCAGCGUCAGCAUUUACCGAAAGAGAAGCAGCCAAUAUAAUUUAUUCAAUAUGUUCAGCUGUAGGGCAUUUACACCGUUUGGGAAUUGCACAUCGAGAUAUUAAACCAGAAAAUCUUUUGUAUACAGAACCUGGCUCUGAUGGGGUUUUGAAAUUGACAGAUUUUGGUUUUGCUAAACGAUCUGAAGAUGGAGAGAAAUCUUUGGUAACUCCACUCUACACACCCUAUUAUAGUUCUCCCGAAGUUUUUAGUUCUCAAAAGUAUGAUAAAGCUUGUGAUAUUUGGGCAAUUGGUGUUAUUUCUUAUAUUUUGUUGUGUGGUUAUCCGCCUUUCUUUUCUACACAUGGCUUGCCAAUCUCCCCAGGAAUGAAAAGUCGAAUUCGCAAAGGUGAAUAUAACUUUGCCGGAACAGAAUGGACUUUGGUUUCUGAAGCAGCAAAAGAUUUAAUUCGUCGUUGUUUAAUUACCGACCCAGAACAACGAGUAACUAUCGAGGAACUUUUAAAUCAUAAAUGGCUAUUACAUUAUACAAAAAGUCCGACAACACCUUUAACUACAACAGAAGUAAUGAGUGAUCGUGGACAGGCUGUAAAUUGGCCUGAUUUUUCGGAAGAAAUGGAACAAGCAUUAGCUUCAAUGAGAGUUGAUGAUGUUCAUAUAAAACAUAUUAACGAUGCACAAAAUUCUUUAUUGGAUAAACGCAGAAGAAAAGCAGCUGCUGGGGGAGGUGUUGAACAAAUUGCGGAAGCUGAUUAA